CGCAACGCUGCUCUGCCCGCACUCGACGAACUGCACUCGAUCCGGCAGUUAUGUUAUUGUUAUAGACGAUCCGACACGAUCCGAUCUCGAUCCGAUUCAAUCCAAUCCGAGAACGCAGGCGCUACGCAAUUUGUCCGUUACAUUUGACCACUUCGAACUGUUCACGCAAUUCGAGUAGUAAACAAUUAAGAAGCAACUCCGAUUUCAAUUCGAUUCGAGUGACAUUCGAGAUAUCGCGAGCGUGUGCCCUUUUUUUUUUUAAUUUCUUUAACCUUUUUGUUGCUGUGAUAAUGUCGUGUGCUGAGUUGGGGCAACCUGUAACCCCUUUAUUCUCUACCUGAUCUCGCGAGCCAAAAGUAUUAGUCAUGAAAGCCGGGGCGGCUUUUGAAUCACCAACGGCAAUAGCAAUAACAAUAACAAAAAUAAACAUAAAAAUAAAAAGCAGCAGCUUCAGUGGCGUCCCCGCAGCAACAACAGCGAUUAAUGAAUAACCCCAGUGAAUGCCGAGUGCCGUAAACUGUUUACAUUGCUCACAGCAUUACUCACUCACUCACUCACCUCGCUCAACCUGGGCGAAGAAGAGGAAGAGUCGGAGUUGGAGUCGGAGAGGAUUGAAGAGUGGAGAGUGCCGGGUGCAGGGUGUAGAGUGGAGAAAGAAAGGGGAGGAGUGAAGCAGAGAUCGCAGCUGCACUAGUUUCGAUUACGUGAGCAGAAAAUAAAUAAACAAGCGAUUUCGAUUUCCCCAUUACCCAGACCCAUCCCCAUACCCAUACCCAUACCCACUUACCACCACUACCAUCUCCUCCUGACCACUGAUAAGGGAAACUAGAGGAGAGAGCGGAGAAAGCGAGGAGAGAGCAGCGAGAGCGAGGCGAUCGUUAGAAUCGCCGAGGAUUACCAAAUAACACAACCAAAAAUUCAACCAGAAGAAUGAGUGACGAGACGACUAUUAGCCUGGACGGCAAUGGCUAUCCCCCCCUGGAGGCACUGACGACAGCUGUGGCUCCGCCGGCGGACGCAAGCGGCUUCACACAGUCGCUGCUGACCUUUGCCGCGGUCAUGACCUUUCUCAUAAUGGUCGUCGGCAUUUGCGGCAACCUGUUGACCGUGGUGGCCCUGCUGAAGUGUCCCAAGGUGCGGAAUGUGGCGGCCGCCUUUAUCAUCAGCCUCUGCAUUGCCGACCUGCUCUUCUGCGCCCUGGUCCUGCCCUUCCAGGGUCUGCGCUUCAUCCAGGGCACCUGGCGACAUGGCGAGGUGCUGUGCCGCCUGAUUCCCUUCAUCCAGUACGGGAACAUCGGCGUGUCCCUGCUGUGCAUCGCCAUGAUCACGAUCAACCGGUACGUGAUGAUCACCCACCACGGGCUGUACGCCAGGAUCUACAAGCGCCACUGGAUCGCCGUGAUGAUCGCCGCCUGCUGGCUCUUCUCCUACGGAAUGCAGCUGCCCACGCUGCUGGGCGAGUGGGGUCGCUUUGGCUACGACGCCCGGCUGCAGACCUGCUCCAUCAUGGAGGACAGCCACGGGCACAGCAGCAAGACCACGCUGUUCAUCACCGCCUUCGUCAUCCCCUGCCUGGUGAUCAUCGCCUGCUACGCGAAGAUCUUCUGGGUGGUCCACAAGUCGGAGCAGCGCCUGAAGCGGCACGCCACCAAGCAGAACUCGAUACCCAACAACCUGCGCCCGCUGGCCAGCAGCGGAGGAUCGGGGGCGGCCCUGCCCUCGGUGGCCGAGUGCCAGCCCAGCAACCGCGUCUCCUCGGACAGCAGCAGCAGCUUCUCGGUCGACGUGCCCGAGACGGCGCCCAGUGGCAAGCAGCAGCCCACGAGGGUCAAGGAUCAGCGCGAGGUGCGGGCCAAGCGCAACGAGUGGCGCAUCACCAAGAUGGUGCUGGCCAUCUUCCUGUCCUUCGUCGUCUGCUACCUGCCCAUCACCAUUGUGAAGGUGGCCGACAAGAACGCGGAGCACCCCAGCCUGCAGAUCUGCAGCUACAUCCUGCUCUACCUCUCCGCCUGCAUCAACCCGAUCAUCUAUGUGAUCAUGAACAAGCAGUACCGCAAGGCCUACAAGACGGUCGUCUUCUGCCAGCCCGCCCGCCUGCUGCUGCCCUUCGGGAAGGCCAAUGGCGCCAGCAGCGCUGCAGAGAAAUGGAAAGAUACCGGGUUGAGCAACAACCACAGCCGCACCAUCGUCUCCCAGAUGUCGGGGGGAACGGGAACGGGAACAGGAACUCCAACGGGAACGGGAACGGGAACUCCGUCGGGAACACCAACGGUACAGAGCCCACCACCGCCGCAGGAAAGCCCACAGGCCUUGGAGAUGCUGUCAAGGGGACCACCGGAUCUGAUCAGCAAGUCAAAUCUCCCGCUGCCGACCGCUACGCCCCCGCCCCCCUCAGUCCUCCAGGCGACGCCCAACGGAAGCAGCAGCAGCAGCUCCAAUCUCCGACUGCCGCUCAAGAAGAACAAUCACUCCUACAGCAACAGCGGCUUCAACGGCAGCAGCAAUCCGGGACUGGGGAUCGGGAUCAGCAGCAGCUCCAUUUACCGGCCAGGAGUUGGCUCACUGGGGAGCGGAUCGGCCUCGAUCCGUCGCAUCACGAUGGUGGGCGACGACAUAAUACUGGAGGAGGAGGAGCUGCCGCCCACUCCGCCGGCCACGUCGGCACCCACAACGCCGGCACCGCCCCCGCCCUCAGCCCCAAUGCAUCCGCUCUCCAUGAUGGGCUCAACAGGCGGAGGAGCAGGGACGACCACGACGACGCCACACAUCUACAUGAAUGUCGACAGCCCGAAGAGAAACCAAUCCUACGCGGAACGUAAUACGAACGUAGCACCGGCAGCCCCACAAGAUCCAAACUCCGGUUUGGCCAACACAUCCGAAACCGUCUCCAUUUCCGGCUCCAAGCUGACGGCCAAGAUGAAGUUCCCAAAAGACUAACGAAAUGCUUUAAUUCCAAAAACAAAAUCAAAGAAGACACAAACACUACUUUCGUUAUAAACAAAGAAUAUAUGCCAGGCAUUUUAGAUCGGUGUAUCGCAAAUCGUUCGUUAAUCUUUCGAAAAAAGCGAAAAAAAAAGGGGAGAAUUCUCCAGAGAAUGAUGUUGUAUGUAGUUCAAUAUCGCAUUUCCCAUAUCAUAUAAGCAAUUUGUUCUAUAGUUAUUGUAAUUUAAUACUUAGUAUUUGCCAAAUAGCGAAGAGUGGGCGUUGAAAUUGUGCCAUAGUUUAUUACCCUUUGGAUUCCGCUGUAUUUCUCGUUUCCCACUUUAUU